AUGAAUAGUACUUUUCAGCAUAUUCAAUCCAGUAUUUCAUCUAAAACAAUUUAUAUAUUCUGGUCCCAUACUCAAAAUGAAACAGAAGCACGUAGAAGUAAUGCUGGUAAUUGGACACCUAAUCAUUUCGUACCACUUUUACUUCCGUCGAGCGAAUCUCAGAAUCAAAAUAGCCUGACUGAACCUAAAGCCGCCGGUUCAGGCUUGAAAGUUUUCGAAGUACUUCAAUGGCUUAGACAGAAUAAUGCUCUAUAUCGUAAUGUUACAAUUAAUCAAUUAAUAAUCAGCAAAUUACCUGAAGAUGAUGUACCGGAGUGUUUAUGGGCAACCAUGGAAGUUUCUACUAAUGUAGAAGCAGCUGAAAAUGAAAGAGCAAGUUACCUUCCUGAUCCGUUGACCAAUGCAUCUGAAUUUAACAAUACAACAGCUAUACCUAUAAUCUCAAGUGCUGUGUUAGAUAUCAAUAGUACCAAAGUGUCGUCUGAUGAAGUUGCUGAACAUCUUUUAGAACGAAUCAAAGCACAAGUGCCAGAAAAAACACACGGAAAAGACACCGAGCAAAACUCUAAACAAGACACUGUAUACAUAAUUCCUCGUGGCAACAAACCGGCCAAUGAAUAUUCUAAUCCAAAUCUUUUAUUAGGAAUCUUUCCUACCCUAUUCCCAUAUGAAUGUGGUGGGCUUGAGGAUGGUUCUCGACCGAUUCAAAUCAAUUUUCAUGAAACCAACGACGGAACAAGUACGACAAGCGAUGAUAGAACAUUAAUUGGAGAAAUUGGAUCGACAGCAAGUGAAGUUAUACCACCAUGUCUCCCAACACCAAAUCCUGCAUCGGAAGACUUCGAUCAAACGUUUCGCAAAGAUGUAGUUCAAUUGGUCGAAACCUGCAAUAUUCACAAGCAUUCUGCAACUUGCUAUAAAUAUUCUAAAGGCAAAAAUGAUAGUUCAAAAAGGUGUCGAAUGGGCAUGCCACGCGCACUAGUGAAUGUUUCUAAUAUUAACCUUACAACAGGUCAGAUAACUAUGCGUCGAUUACAUCCGUGGAUCAAUAACUUUAAUGAAUGGUUUUUAAGUGCAUGCCGAUCGAAUAUGGACAUUAAAUUCAUCUGGAGUGGUAACGACGCCAAAGCAUUAGUCUACUAUAUAACUGAUUAUGUAACAAUGUCUACUCUGGCCUUCCACGAUAUGUUUGCACUUGCACAACAAGGUGAUGAAAAUGCAGACGAAGAUGAUCCAGAACAACUUUUGCAAAUGCUCUCCAUCGUAAAUGAGACCACCACAAACGCUUACUCUGCAUUGACAGUUACUCAAGAAAAACGCUAUGUUCAAGAUGCAUUAGAAGCAAUUGAUAAUACAGACAGAUUUGCACUACUCAAUGGCCGUACACGUUGUCCGGGCGAAAAUAAUUAUGGUAUCAUACACGACGUCCACACAUUUGUCGUAGCUCGCGAGCAUCAUACGACCAUGAUUAAAGAGUGGAAACGUGAUAUUGAAGCCCGACGAGACGAAACAAGAAACUAUUUAAUUUCAGGUGAAGAUACUCUGGAAGUACGAGAUGAUGAAACACAGAUUGAAGUCGUAGGUGCUGAAACUCCAACAAGCCCAAUUAAAACGAAAGCUAUGAGAGUCCUACCUGUAACUGCAACCAAUUUGGUUUUAUUUCCCAAAAAACAGAAUAUCGUCAAACAAUUUACACUAAAUACUCAGCAAAAAUAUGCUUUCAUGAUUAUAACUAGUCACUUAGAUGGCGAAAAUCAUGCUCACACCGGUAUAUUUUCUUGA